GUUUACUUUCCAGAAAAUCUUCCUUUUUCUGGCAUGAAACAAAAACCCCUAAACCUCUUCCCCUGUGAAUUUUCAACAAUUUUGCACUAAUUGUUAAUUCAACUUGAAUUUCUUUGCAUUUGAAUUUUCUCCUUGUGCGAUUAAUUGCUUCGAAGUUGUGAUUUUGUACUCAUCUUUCAGUUUAAUCCGCCAUUUAGCAUUACUGUGUGAGCACGGGAAAUGUUUAUCGGGUUGAUUAGAAGGAUUGCUGGAAAUGGAUUUUUCGGGCAAAGAAAGUGAUGUGGAGUCGUCUUUAUCACCUGGAGUGUUUGAGUUACCUGGAGAGCCGGCUGUUGUUAUUAACGGGUUACCUCCCAUUUCUUCAAAUGCUGACACCUUUUUACCCUGCCCAACAGUUACUGAUGCAGAAUUACAUAAGAAAGCUGGUUUUGGUCAAUGGCUUGAAGGAAGAGAAGUUCGUAAGUUAUUUGGGAACCAGUAUUACUAUGGGAAAGUUACUGAAUUUGAUUCGGAAGUUGGUUGGUUCAGGGUGAAGUAUGAAGAUGGCGAUGUCGAAGAUCUUGAGUGGCAUGAGUUGGAACGAGUUCUUCGGCCUUUGGACAUUACUAUUCCAUUGAAAACAUUAGCCGCAAAGAUCGUUAAGAGGAAGCAGAGAUCCAUUCAGAAAUCGUUCAAGUCCGGGGGUAGAACCAGAAAUCAAAGUGAAAAAAAAAUGACAAAGACAUGGUGAACUCGGGGCAUGUCAAACAUGGCAUGGAGUACCUUUUAGCUCCUAUGGAUAGAAUUAGCACAUUUUCCAGCUUCAAGAGCAAGCCAUGAGAAUUCUGAAACAUCUUGUGGAGAAUGGUAGUUAGGUACGUGUAGUCUGGUGAGUUGAAUCUCUGUAGUUUUAUGGAUCAGUUUAGUUCAAGGGCAUCAUUUCUGCAAAGUUUUGGUUGUGUACCAAGUGAAGAAUUGGUCCCCAAUAUGCUUGGUUGCGUCAUCUCCAGGAGUUCAUUAUAUUUAAAACUUGGUCGCGUUGUCAAUUCAUAUUUUUAGAAUGACUCCAUCAUGUUAUUUAGUACUUUGGACAAAAAGAAAUAGGAAUAUAUUUGAAGUUUGAAGUUCUUUA